AUGGGCAGGAAAGUCAAUCAACACCAAUACACUCCCUGCAACACACGCACCACGCACCGCAACACACCACGAAUCCCUCACCUCGCACUUCAUCCCGCAGGAGCGAAGCAGGUGGGCGUGGUGAGGUUCCAGACAGGCGACGUGGCCACCACAGAGUCCCUGCUGGACACUGGCAUGGGCUUCCUUCCCACACUCAGGCAGGUGACGCUGGUGGUGCACCUGAGGCUGCGGCGUGUUACAUCCCACAUCCCGCUGCUCAAUUACGCGGUGGAGGGAGCCAACGAGGAACUGUUCGUGGAGCUGGUGCCGAAGAAGAAGGACAUGCACGUGCAGUGCUGCGGCGGGCUGGUCUCUGAGGCCUUCAAGUUCAAGCUUCGCAUGUUCCGCUGGCAGCACAUCUGUGUGUCCAUCAACCUGGACACCAGGAUCAUGCACGUCAUCUACGACGACCUGGAGUACCGGCGCCACCUGCACGUGCCGGGAUCUGAGCUGGGUCCUGGGGAGAGGCUGGAGGUGCGAGGCGGUGGGCGUCUAGUGGUGGGACAGAAGCUCUACUCCAUUGACGGGGACUUCAUCGUGCUGGAGACCCUGGACGGCGAGGUGGGCGACUGGCGGCUGUACGACAUGGCGCUGGAGAAGGACCAGAUGCAGGGUCUCCUCCGCUGCCGAGAACUGAACGACCUGCGCUCUCCAAUGAUGGAUCUUCAUAGCGGCCACUUCGAGGUGCUGGGCCCCACCACCACACGCAACAUCACCCUGGCAGAGAUGUGCAGUGAACGUGUCACCGGAUUCUAUCUCUUCUUCCCUCAGAAGAUGAUCUUCAGUCACGCCUACACCUGGUGCCGCAAACUGAAGGGCAACCUCAUCCUGCCGGAGGAUGGUGCUACCAAUGCCUACUUCUUUGACCGCUUCGUGGACUACAAGGACCAGUGUGACGACAUCUGGACGCAUCUGUUCUGGAUUGGCUCUGGCGGCAACCUGACCACGCGUGUCUGGGAGCGUCUCACAGAUGGCCAGCCCAUCAAGUGGUUUCAGUUUCUGCGGGAGUACCGCACCGUCACGCCAGAGUUCCAAUGCAUCGCCGUGGUCACCCACGACCGCUACAAGUGGGCGGCAUGUCCCUGCGACAUUGAGACCUGUGUGCUGUGCAACUUCACUACACACCCAGAGAUGCGCCUGCGCGGCCUCUGCAAGGACUCCGCUUUCGACAAACUUUUCUCUUUUCGAGACAACCAAGAUUACAAGCUGAUCUUUGACGGACUGGCCCACGUAGUGAUGGAGGAAAAAAACAGGACAUGGAUUAUGCGCAGCCGUCUGUACCUCCUGAAGGCAGAGAUGAUCUCCCAGUGGGUGGGACAGUACCCGGUGGGCGUGCACACAUGGAUCAUUGAGGGAGACCGCUGCCGCCAGAAGGAGGUGGAGCUGCUGCUGACGUCUUGCCACGAUGACGAGUACACCUGCAAUGACGGCUCGUGCAUCAAGAAGGACCGCCGCUGUGACCUGAGCGUGGACUGUGCCGACCAGAGCGACGAGAUGGACUGCUCCGUGGUGAUGGUGCCCCCCGGCUACUCCGCACAGCUGCCACCGCCCACCUACAAGGGCACCUCGCUGCCCAUUUUCUUUGCCCUCAACAUCACCUCAGUCCGGACAUUUGAUCUGGUCUCCUUCACCAUCGGCAUCGACGUGUACAUCAAGAUGCAGUGGAGAGACAGACGACUUAAGUACAACAACCUGCUGCCCAAUAUGCGCGCCAACAAGCUGAGGAGGUGGCGGGAGGUGUGGACGCCGGGCCUGGAAAUAGAGGACGGAACGAAGAGCGCGGUGGAGAUCAAGACACACUCGCAGUCGGCCUACGUGGUGCGGGCAGCGGGACCUCUGCCUGACGACGACACCACCAUCAGAGAAGACGUGACUUACGGUGGCCUGGAAAACCCGCUGGUGUUCCUGGACGAGGCCACGCUCACGUUCAAGUGUCACUUUGAGCUGCAGAUGUACCCGUUCGACCGCCAAAAGUGUUUCAUCGUGUUCAAGAUCAAGGACGUGACUGAGGAAUUCGGAAAACUGAUCAAGGAUGGGCAAGGAGUGGUGUUCGUAGGAUCCAGAAACCUACUGGAGUACACCCUCGUCUCAGAGUCCUUCACCAACUAUUCCCUGCAUGAGGUCAGCCAAAUUAAGAUCCAGUUUGAGUUUCGCAACCAGUACGGCUACUACAUUGGCAACACGUUCCUGCCCAGCCUCAUCCAGGUCAUCAUCUCGCUGGUAACACUGCGCUUCGACCUCGCUGACUUCCAGGACCGCAUCAUGGUAUCCUUAACCUCCCUGCUGGUGCUGGCGACCUUCUUCACACAGACCAGCCAGAGCAUCCCUAAAACAUCCUACCUGAAGCUCAUAGACGUGUGGUUUGUGGCUCUGAUCUUUGAGGACUUCGCUAUCAUCCUUUCCCUGGUUUACGUGGAGACUCUGAGGAUGAAGGAAGCGGCAUCUGGCGGGAGGAUGACGAAGGUGUCCCCGAUCAGCACGGAGGAGAGGAAGAAGAGGUAUAUUACGUCUCUCUCCUCGCUCAAUCUUCCGUUCCACCUCCUCCCCUCCGGCCCUGCACAGACCAACAGGUACCUCAUUAACUACUUCUCCUCGUCUAUCGUGAUCAUGCUCAUGUGUUUUGUGCCCUUCUGUAUCUAUGGCAUGUAUGUGGAGUAGUGUGGUGGUGGUGGUGGUGGUGCUACUGCUACUACUACUUCUAUUUCUACUACUUACGCUAUUU